CCAGCCGGCUGUGCGCGAGAGAGGGCGGGCGAGUUCUUCUGCCGGAAGUCCGCUCUAGCCCCGCGUCCCCCAACAGCCGCCAAAGCCCGAGCCUCCCAGAAGCCGUGGGACCGGGGCCGCUGGGGUCCGGACGGGGGUCGCCAUGAUCCGCUUCAUCCUCAUCCAGAACCGGGCAGGCAAGACGCGCCUGGCCAAGUGGUACAUGCAGUUUGAUGAUGACGAGAAACAGAAGCUGAUUGAGGAAGUGCACGCCGUGGUCACUGUCCGAGAUGCCAAACACACCAACUUUGUGGAGUUCCGGAACUUCAAGAUCAUUUACCGACGCUACGCCGGCCUCUACUUCUGCAUCUGCGUGGACGUGAAUGACAACAACCUGGCCUACCUGGAGGCCAUCCACAACUUUGUGGAGGUCUUAAAUGAGUAUUUCCACAAUGUCUGUGAACUGGACCUGGUGUUCAACUUCUACAAGGUUUACACGGUCGUGGACGAGAUGUUCCUGGCCGGCGAGAUCCGCGAGACCAGCCAGACGAAGGUGCUCAAACAGCUGCUGAUGCUGCAGUCCCUGGAGUGAGGGCGGCCGCCCAGCCUCUCACCCCUCCCCGGACCAGCCUGCUCCCUCCCCGUUCCCAGGCCUGGCGUCAUCGCCCCCUGCGGCCCCUCCCUCAGCUGCCGUGGAGGAAGGCACCCAGCUGGGUCUGGGCCACAAGGAAGGAGGCCCCACCCCACGGCCCCUGGGCCCCAACUGCGGGCAGAGGCCACUUCACGUGUACCGAGUACCCAUGCCUGUUGUCAUUGUGUGAUGCUGUGAGUGCGUGCGUGGAACCCCCCAAUAAAUCUGUGGUCCCCGCCUG